AUGACCUACACAUCAACAUCAACUACAACAUCAACAACUACAACUUCUACAUCAUCAUCGUCAUCAACAUCAUCAUUUGGAGUAUUACAUCCAGAGAUUGAAAGAGCACUCAAAUCAAUGGGUAUUGAUCAACCGACAGAGAUACAGAGUAAGACACUGCCACAUCUUAUCGCUGGCAAGGAUAUGUUUAUAGUGGAUGACACUGGCACAGGAAAGAGCUUCAUGUUGAUGUGUGGAAUAGUCAAUGACUACAUCACAAAGGGUCGUCUGGUGGCCCGUCCCAAACAAAUGGCGGGCUCCGAACGCACGAGUUACCCGCGAUACCUCGUCGUCACACCCAACCGCGAGUUGGUCUGGCAGUUUGGAGAAUGGUUCCGACGACUGUCCGCACACGUCACACACAAGCCCAGCGUGGUCAUCGCCGUGUCUGGCCCGUCAAAGAUGCUGCUGGAGCAGCAAAUGAGCGAGAUACAGCCAGACAUCAUUGUUGGCACGCCUAACCUCAUCUAUGAAAUGAUCAUGGAGCAACGUCUGGCGAUUGACGCGCUGCGCAUGCUCGUCUACGACGAGGCCGACGCGCUACUACAGGCAUUGUCACGAAAUGCAACAUACAAGGAGAAGCUCAAUCGCAAGGCGCAUCGUCCCAUUGGUGUAUCGCUCAUCUAUGAGCUCUCGCAACAAGGAAUCGAGUUAACGGCUGCGGGCAAGAAGCAGGAUGUGCAGACACCCGUGGGUGGCGAUGGCGAGGCUGGCGUGCUGACCGACAAACACGUGCUGGACCUGAUCCAAAACAAGUCAAAGCCGGCCAGCCAGUAUAAGCACAAGCGUCGCCCUUUCCAAUCAAUCUUCUCGUCGGCCACACUGACACUGCGGAACAGGCUGUACAUCGAUGGCAACGACUGGGUCAAUGAGGACCGCGAGUACAUCACGAUCAUCAGUCGCAAGAUGAAUGAUCCGCGCGUGCCAGCACAUCUCACUCACUCAUUCGUGCCCGUGCAGUCUGAACAAGGCAUGAUGAAUGCCAUUGUGAGCAAGUGGCGCACGUUGCAACCGCGUCGUGCAAUUGCUGUGAUGCCCAACGAUGGCAGCAAUUGCAAAGGUGAUUGA